CAAACAGCGGCCGUACGAACCGGACCACCCGAACCAACAAUCAACGGGACAGGCCGACCUGCCGGAGUUCGAGAGUUGAGCGGCGGCCGGCGGGGAAGAGGAGGCCGGCAAGAUGUCUUCCGUGUACGUGCUGGAGCCGCCGACGAAGGGGAAGGUGGUGGUGCAGACAACGGCCGGUCCAAUCGACAUUGAGCUGUGGGCGAAGGAGGCUCCCAAGGCCACGCGCAACUUCGUGCAGCUAUGCCUGGAGGGCUACUACGACGACACCCUCUUCCACCGCGUCAUCAAGUCCUUCCUCAUCCAGGGCGGUGACCCCACCGGCUCCGGCACAGGUGGUGAGAGCAUCUAUGGAGCCCCGUUUUCUGAUGAGUUCCACUCGCGCCUGAGGUUUAACCACAGGGGUUUAUUGGCGUGCGCAAAUGCUGGCACGCCUCAUUCGAACGGAAGCCAGUUCUUCAUUACUCUCGACCGUUGCGAUUGGCUUGAUAAGAAGAAUACUAUUUUCGGGAAGGUCACUGGGGAUUCUGUCUUCAACCUUCUGGCCUUGGCUGAUAUCGAGACCGAUAAAGAUGAUCGGCCCGUGUACCCACAGAAAAUUCUCUCGGUGGAGGUACUCUGGAACCCAUUUGAUGAUAUAGUCCCAAGGCAAAUUAAGAAGAUUCAGCCUGCUGCCAAAGCUGAUGCUGAGGGUAAACCAAAAAAGAAAGCUGUUAAGCAACUUAAUGUGCUUUCGUUUGGAGAUGAAGUAGAAGAGGAGGAGAAUGAGGCAGCUUCCUUUGUGAAGGACAAAAUAAAAAGUAUCCAUGACGUGUUGGACGAUCCCCGUUUUCUUAAAGUGGAACCACAGAUUGAACAACUAUCCAAGGAGGAGGAGGAGAAGAAAAAUGAAACUGUUCUAUCUAUCAGGGAGGCUUUGAUCUCGAAGAAAACUGACUUCAGAGAGCCAGAGCAUGAUUCAGAAAAUGAUGAUUCUCCUGAAGACGAGAACGAGGAGGAUUUUGACAACAGGAUGCGUUCACGAAUUCUAAAAAAACGUAGGGAGCUUGGGGAUACACGACCUAGUGAAAAUUCCAAGAAAGAUAAAUCUCAUCGGAAGGAUAAAGAAUUACCAGCUCGCAGGAGUGAUGAUGAUGAAGAAGAAGAUGAUGAUGAUGAUCACCAGUCAUCGAAAUCACGGAAACUAUCCUUGAAGAAAAAAGGUAUUGGCUCUGAAGCCAAUACUGAAAGGAUGUCCAGGGGAGAUGUUAAUUUGCAACUGCUAAAUCCUGCUGAACAAGAGAAACAUUUGAAGAAACAGAGAAAACGCAGUCUCCAGGGCCGUGAAGAGGAGACUUUAGCAAGGUUACAGAAGUUCAAGGCCUCCUUUCUUAGUAAUAAGCCUGCUAAUAUGGAAACAAAGGCAGAUGAUGGUGAGGACUACAAAGAGUGGCACGCCAAUCGUCUCACUUUUGAAACUUCAAAGGAUGGUAUGACUAGGAAGGAUGAUCCAAAUGACUAUGUUGUGGUCGAUCCUCUUCUGGAGAAAGGAAAGCAGAAGUUCAAUAAGAUGCAAGCGAAGCUAAAAAAGAGAGAUCGUGAAUGGGCUGGCAGAUCUCUCACCUAAUUCUUUCUGAGACGUGCAGUCUACAAAAAAUGUAAACCCGUCUACCACACAAUUCCGCUGCUGCAGUUUUGGUGUUGGGUUGCAGUUGGAAGCUGAGCAUAACAGAUGCAGGUUUGGGAUGUUAGUGAUCACUUGGUCAACGAAAGUGUAAAUAGCAAUUGUAGCACACAUUUGUUUACUCUCUGCGAAAGAAAGGUUACUGUAACAUCUGAGAUCCAUCAACCAUCAUGUACGUUUGUACUCUUAACAACAUAUCCUUAUUUGUUCA